UCCUUUGACGACAGCGCAGAUACCUUGGGGCUUUGCCAAAGCAAAUGUUCAGACGGCUCGAUAAGUGGCUGCCAAGGACAAAAUUGCUGUGCUCAAGGCAACAACAAUGUCGCACCUGUCUAUGCGAAUCCCCUUCUCAUGGGCUGCUACAUCCCUAGGAUUCCUGGCAUACAGCCGACCAAUGCUCCUGAUACGCCAGUGGCGACUUCUUUUACUUGCAUCGCCACGCCCAGUUUCAUCGCCAACAGAGCUACUGGUUAUGUCGAUUACAACUCAGCCUCAAUCACGAGAUCGGCGUCGUUUGUUGCCACCGCUACGGUUGCGGCGACUCCAGGCGUGACUUUCACACCCUACGGCUGUUAUGGCGGCGCGCAAGGCACACCACUUGUACAAAACGCAUUCCCUGUGCCGACUCAGUCACUAACAGGAAGUGUCGUGAACGUCGAUACAUGUGUCGAGUACUGCAACACGCACAGUUACAACUGGUUAGUUUUGAAGGGAAGCGUCGGCGGUGUUUCUCAGUGCAUCUGCGGCUCAGACAUCGGCGCAAACCUGGGCAACACGGAAACGUUCGCAUCUUGCAGCAAGCCGUGCUCCGGAUCUAAUUCUGAGCUGUGCGGCUUCGACUCUAAUUACCCCGGAGGUCUGAUAUAUGUCAACAAGGCUGUCGGUGGCGCAGGCCUCAACGGUGCCUGGUACCAAAAGUACUCCAGUACAUGGUCUUUGACACCGACAUACAGCUGUACACCUACAGGGACUACAACGACAUCUGCCACAACUUCUACAGCAACAUCGUCUACGGGCACAUCUUCAACAGCGACAUCGUCUACAGCAACCUCUACAGGUACAUCUUCUACAGCAACAUCGUCUACGGGUACAUCUUCAACAGCGACGUCGUCUACAGCAACCUCUACAGGUACAUCUUCUACAGCAACAUCGUCUACGGGUACAUCUUCAACAGCGACGUCAUCCACAGCAACCUCUACAGGUACAUCUUCCACAGAAACAUUUACGGGAGCAUCUUCUACAGAGACGUCAUCUACAGAAACCUCGACAGGUACAUCUUUUACAGAAACGUCUACCGGCACAUCUUCUACAGAGACGUCAUCUACAGAAACCUCGACAGGUGUGUCUUCGACAGAGACGUCUACAGGUACAUCUUCCACGGAAAUUUCUACGGGCACAUCUUCUACAGAGACGUCGUCUAUAGAAACAUCUACAGGUACAUCUUCCACAGAAACCUUUACGGGAACAUCUGUUACAGAAACGUCUACCGGCACAUCUUCUACAGAAACAUCUUCUACAGAAACCUCGACAGAUACAUCUUCUACAGAAACCUUUACAGGUACAUCUUCGACAGAAAUUUCUACGGGCACAUCUUCUACAGAGACAUCAUUCACAGAAACAUCGUUAGGCACAUCUACAGAGACCUCAUCUAUAGAAGUAUCGUCUACAGAAACUUCUACAGGCACAUCUUCUACAGAAACUGUGACGGGUACAUCUACAGAAGUAUCGUCCACAGAAGUAUCGUCUACAGAAGUAUCGUCUACAGAAACUUCUAUAGGCACAUCUUCUACAGAAACUGUGACGGGUACAUCUACAGAAGUAUCGUCUGCAGAAACUUCUACAGGUACAUUGUCUACAGAAACUUCUACAGGCACGUCGUCAGAAACUGUGACGGGCGCAACUACCGGAAGCUCAAGCAGCGCCACAUCUACAGAUAUUUCAUCUAACGUUUCGUCUUUCACAGCGACUUCUUCAACCAGUCCGUCUUCUAGCGACACCGACAGGUCGACAGGGACGACACCGACGAGCUCUGCCUCUGUGUCAGGGACUACCACCACUGCAGGCGCAGGGACCACGUCUAGUGAGAUCAGCAGCAUCACGGUUACAAGUGUAACUGGCGGCGAAUCUGCAACAAGCUCGUUAGCGAGCAACACUGACUCUAUCAGUACUGCCUCUAACACUGCUGAUUCUUCAGCUGGCUCUUCUCACUCCACAACCGUCCUUACGAGUGGUUCUGCGUCUGACAGUACUACCAGCUCUAGCAACAGCGGAUCUGCAAUUGGCUCAAAUUCAGUAACAGAUGGCGCAACGGCUUCUCCUGAGACCAGUGUUCCAGUUUCGGACACUUCUGUGUCCGAUACUGCCAUCACCUCUUCGACGAACACUGUCAUUAGCCAAAAGGUCGAUGCUACUGUUGGCGGUCCGACCCCAACUCUAAGUAGCGGCGGCGUCUCAAACCCUGACACCAUUAUAUCUGCUUCACAUACUUCUGCUCAAACCUCUGGAGAGGCGACCCGCUACACUAGUACUCCGACUCAAAAUACUGAUGGUCAAGGCAAUGGCGCAUCUACAACGUCAGCAAAUGGUGCUGAACAAAAUUCCGGGUGGUCAAACUACAAGCACCACAGCUUCGCAAAAUAACGGCUCCGGACCCGAGUCAACCGGUGGUGACGGUGGGAACGCAAAUGCAAGUGCCGCAGCUUCGCAGAGCAAUGGUGGCAGUACGCAGCCCACUGGCGGUAAUGUUGGUAACUCAGGCUUAACGAGGACGGCAGUGCCAAGUCAAGGCACUAUUUCCUCUGCGCCAGCUACAACUACAGCCCCUUCAUC